GAAGAAGAAAACCCGGAAUUAUUUUGGUUUUUUGUCGCGGCGGGAAACUCACCUAGGAAGUAAACAAACUGAACGGUGAGACAUCUCGACCAUGCCGUCCAAACAGCAGGAUGUGGCCAAAUCUAACAUCUCCCCAGUUCUGUUCAUGGCCGUAGACGGUGAACCCAUGUCUUUCUUCUUGCGGCCGGGUCCUAUUAAACUCCAGCUCCAGCCUCUGAUCAUAGCUGGAGGAGGGAAGAUGUGCAACAUCCAGCAGCCGGGGGCGAUCCUGCUGAUUGACCCAGACGAAAGAGGCUCCAUUCCUGAAACUACUGCUCACUGGUACGUAUCCACCAAGUACAUUCACGACUGUAUUGAGAAGGAUGAACAGAUGAGUUUAGAGGACUACAGGUUACAUCCUGAAGUGGUCCCAAGACAGUCUGCUAGACUCACUGAUAACAAAGAGCGCGCUCCUGAACUCUUAGGAGGCAGGAUUCCCUACACAACUGAAGAUGAUGCUGCCAUUUGGAGUUAUGUCAGCAAGCGCAAGACAGAAAUUGGGGGAAACCGGCUCUGGCAAGAGAUGGAGAGGCAGCGAGUGACCAGUCACAGCUGGCAGUCGAUGAAAUACCGUUACAGAGUACGACUGGCAAAGAAACAGUCAGAGGUUGUGGAGGUGGCAGCAGCAGAGAGAGAGAUCAAGGUGGAAGAAAAUCAAGAGACAGAUGUUGAAAAACCCUCCAGGGCAGAAGAUGCUGCUUCUCCUCAGACACAUUCAACAGAAUCAGACCAAACACAGAUAGAUGACCAGUUUAUACCGGCUGAAAGCACACAACCAGAAACUGUAGAAGCUCAAACAUCUGUCUCUACGGAAGGAGAAGUCCAACACGUGAACCCACAGACAGAUAAACAACCAGCUGGAAGCACACAAGUAGAGACCGAAGUAUCUAACUCCCCCCAACCUGAGGGACCUUGUUUGGACACACAGACAGAUGCUCCCCCCCUUCCAGCUGAGAGCACAGAACCAGGAACAGAUGAAACACAAACAAAAGUCUCUCCUCAAAAAGAUAGCGUGCCAGUGGACUCGCCGCCAGCUCAGCCCAAGUCUCUGCCCAGCACCUCUUCUCAGAAGAAGCCAAAAGAGAAACAGAAGUCCUCCCCCAGGCUGGAACAACCGCUGCGCCGAUUAACACGCAGGCAGCUUCAGCUCGACGAGUCUCCUGAGCCAUACGGCAAAAAACUCAGAUCGUCAUCAAGUUCUGCUGAGCAACCGUCGUCAUCUCCCCAGCCCUUGAGGAAAACGAAAGCAGCUGUUAAAUCCGCUCUUCAAAAAGACACGACAGUCGACCAGCCGCCUUCUAAGAGAGCCAGAGAAAAGACUGUGUCAGAGACAGAGAGUCAACAGGAGGAGAUUGGACAAGCUACGGUCCCUGAAACAGCACAAGCAGAUACAGAAUCUGAUGCAGUGCCACAGAAAGCGGAGAAGAAAAAAGAAAAGAGAAAGUUGGGGAUUCUAGAGCUGGCUACAAAGGAGUUUGAAGAUGAAAAUGAGUCUGAUGAGGAUGAAACUCCUGACCUCCAAAACCCAAGUGAAACAGCAACGAUGCAACCCACAUCGACAAAACCCCCCGUCCCCUCUUCAGACCCGGCUGUGUCCACACAGUCCAACCCUGAACAUGGACCCAGCCUCCAAGAGAAUGUGCAGGAGAACCAGGCCUCCGGUAGCAAGUGCCUACCGGAGACAGGCUGCCCUGUACCUGCAGCCGCUGAGCCUGCAGUCGUUGUACCUGCAGUCGUUGUACCUGCGGCCACUGAGCCUGCGGCCACUGAGCCUGCGGCCACUGAGCCUGCGGCCACUGAGCGUGCGGCCACUGAGCGUGCGGCCACUGAGCGUGCGGCCACUGAGCCUGCAGCCAAUGAGCCUGCAGCCAAUGAGCCUGCAGCCAAUGAGCCUGCAGCCACUGAGCCUGCAGCCAAUGAGCCUGCAGCCGCUGAGCCUGCAGCCAUCAAGCCAUCGGCUGUCAAAGCAACCUCCAAAGCCCACCUAUUCAUAUUUGACAAUGAGUCUCAGGAGGAGGACUCUGAAUCCGUUGUUGGUGACAAUAUAAGCAACCUACAGCCAAGAGUGAACAAAGACGCUGCUUUUUCACUGACUCAAGUCCAGUUGGAAGAGGACAAGCAGCUGAUCAGGGAGCUGAUGAAGCAAGCCAACCAGGACUUAGUCAGUGUGACCAAAGCGCUGUUGAAGACCAGCGGAGACUUCUCUGCAGCUCUGGAUCUGCUUUUGGAUCCCCUCUCCAUUUCCGGACCGUUUUGGAAACGGUCUGAUGACGCUCUUUUGCGCUCAGGCGAUCCUGCGGUCCAACAGCAGCUGCAAGAGAAAUUCAGUGAGGAGGAGGUGGCCAAAAGAAUUGUGUUCCUCGAGAUAGAGGGAUGAAAAUGACAGACAGAUUAGUUACAGAUAGAAAGGAGGUUUGGACAUGUACACAAGUAUACUCAUCUAAAAAUCAACUGGUGUGAAAUUAGCGAGUUAGCUGAUAUUCAUCUCAGUGUCUCUGUUGCGUCUCCUUCUUUGCCGCAACCCCCUGAUUAACUUUGAAGAGAUGAAAUCAGAAACAUUGGAGGAUUAAAGCAGUUUAAGGGUUUUUUGAGUACAGUAAAAAGUAAAAGCUGUUGUUUGUGCCUUCCUCUAUACCAUUGUUUUCGGACAGAAUCUUUUUAUGUGUUUUAGCAUGAAAAUACUCUAAUCACUUUGUGCUUUUUUAUGUGCUUUAUGUUUGUUUUAAUGAAAGGAGGGAGUCCAUUCUGGAUCAAGAUAGUUGAUUGUUUAGUCUCAUUCCCAUGUGAGCAACCUGCAAGCAUGAAUGCAACCUGUUUUGUUUCCCAUUUACCAGAAAAGCACCAAAGCAUCUGUAUUUGAUGACCUGCAAAUGAGGCUCAACAAUCUGCCUCUUCUUCUCCAGAAUGACUGACCCAAUGUUUUAAAUUGCAUAGUAAAUAGUUUAACAUCAUUUUAAAAGGUGCAUUAUGAAAUAAAUGUCCUCUUUAUAUGUAUUUUCACCACUUACUUGAACAAAUUGCAUUUGAGUGGUUAAAAGGAAAAUGACACUUCAGCCUUGUAUGAAAUCUGUAAUAAGAAGAGCUCUUGUGGUGGCGGAUUAAUGAGCUGAAUUAGUUCCUUUUAACCAAAAGGUGUUGCUGCUUUAAGUGUAGAAUAAUAUGCCUCUUCUACUCUGAGAUUUAGAAAUAUUACUGCAAAGUUCUUGUAUUUUUCAUAUACUGACGCAUUUUCUGCUUUUUCUACGCCAAAGUAAAAAGGUCAGAUGUACGGUA